UGGACAAUACUUAUCCCUACUUGUAUGAACCUUCGAUGAAACAAACAAGUAAAGCAACAAUAAACAAUAAACAAGACACCAAGAAUUAUACGUGGAAAACCCCCUCAAUGAAAGGAGUAAAAACCACGGGACCGUAGUCCACCCAAACAAUUCACUAUGAUAAAUUAUAUGGGUAAUACACCAAGUUCUUCUCCAGAUAAAACUAGAGGAAUACAAUCACCUUCACACUCUUGGAAUAACUCGUCAAGAAGUAUGGAACCAAAUAAGCAACAAAAGAACAAAGACCCACGGCUAGGUUAAGCCUCUCCACGGCUCUUUAGCUACUGCCCAGCCCCUCAAAUACACCUCCGAAUCCGAUCUCCACCGUUCAGAAUUUAGAUAUCGGUGUUAGGAAGAUGCUGUCCGAAAUUCAGGACGAUCCGACCGUUGGAACUCCGGGAAACGCAAAAACAAGGCAGCCAGCGCAACCAGAAAAUUUCCUGCGAAUUUUCACACAAUAUAUCUCUUUUGCCUAUUUUCUCUCUUGCUUAUUUUUCACAAAUAUCCUCCUAUAUUUAUAUAUAGGGUUCCCUUUAUUUUUAUCUACUUGUGGGCCAAAACAAGGGUAAUCCUAUUGGGCUUUUAAUCUCAUUGAUAGAAACCAAAACCCAACAGUUGUUUGGAAGGACGGAUGUCGAUAGGUUUGAUCUUAAAGGCGUCACACAUGAGAUCAUGGAUCAAGCAGGAGCUUUCAAUAUAGCGGAUUUUGUCCCAGUACUUAAGCCAUUCGACAUUCAGGGAUUGACUAGAAAAAUCAAGGUUAUGCGCAAAAUUAUGGACAAAAUCUUGGAUACUUUUAUCACUGAGCAUGAAGAAGCUGCUGGCACUACUAGACCGAAGGGGUAUGAGCCAGAUUUCGUUGAUAUAUUGCUCUCUGUGUUCGACAAACAUGAAGAAAACAGAGGUGAUUCAAUAGAUGUAAUAGACAGAGAUAGCGUAAAAGCAAUCUUAGUAGAUAUGAUUGUAGCUGGUAUUGAUACUUCGCGUACUACAAUUGAGUGGAUCAUGACAGAACUCUUACGCCAUCCAAGAAUAUUGAAAAAGCUUCAACAAGAAAUCAAGAUUGUUGUUGGAGAUGCAGACAUUGUCGAGGAUAAACAUUUAAGCAAGUUAGAAUAUUUAGAUAUGGUUAUUAAGGAAGAUUUCAGGUUACACUCUACUGUUCCUCUGUUAAUUCCUCGCGAGUCGAUGGAGGAUAUUGUGAUGGAUGGAUAUUUCAUACCUAAGAAGUCAAGAAUUUUGAUUAAUUGUUGGGCAAUUGGACGUGAUCCUGCUGUAUGGUCUGAAAAUGUUCUGGAAUUUAUUCCCGAGAGGUUUGCCGAUAAGAAAAUAGAACUUAAAGGGCAUGAUUAUGAACUUUUGGCAUUUGGCUCCGGCCGAAGAGUUUGUCCAGGGAUGAACUUAGGACUAUUAAAAGUUCGGCAAAUCGUGGCGCAGUUGGUGCAUAGCUUUGAUUUUGAGUUGCCCAAUAAAAUGUUAGCAAGCGAGCUUGAUAUGGAUGAAAAAUUCGGGUUGGCAUUGCCUAGAGAUAACCAUUUAUGUCUACUUCCUACUGUCAGGAUAUGAAGUAGUCUUCACUUAUUAGCUCAAGUGGUUGGUGCUUCCUUUGCAUUGAGUUGUUGUAUUUGUUUUUAUAGUUUUGUAAUAAUGCUGCCUUGUAUUCCUUUAGCAGUGUCAUGUAAGGUUCGUCACUCGCCAGUGUUGCGCCCGGUUCUUAAAAGUGAUGAUGUUUCCCAGCAAAUAUUGCCUUGACCCUUCCUUGAUGUUAAUCUGAUUCUAGGUUAUGACAUCGAAUUGAAGAAGAUUGGAGCUGAAAACUAGACUUGGACAACGACCAGACGGAUUCAAUUUUAAAGAGAGGUCGAAGUUUUUGGAGGAGAAAUAUGCAUACCCUUAAUUAUCUGUAACACUUGUAACAAAAAUUAUUUUUUAAUUUACAGCUUAUUAUUGUCCAAACAUGACUGUUAUAAA